AUGUUCGAGCUCAAUUCCGCCGCCGCCGUGAAGCCUUCCCGCCGGCGGCCGUUGCUCUGCCAGGCCUGCGAGCAAUUCCCGGCGGCGUUCCUAUGCAAGGCAGACGACGCAUCCCUCUGCGCCGCCUGCGACUCCGACAUCCACUCCGCCAACCCUCUCGCCUGCCGCCACCACCGCAUCCCCAUUGCCAUGGACAGCGGCAGCGACGACGACGACAAGCUCCUGACCGAUCGGACUGUCGUCGACGAGGACGAAGCCACCUUGUGGCUUCUCCCCGGCGCCGACCAGAAGAACAGCCACCACGUCGUGGACAUGCUGUUCGGCGGCGGAGUGGUCGACGAGUACUUGGACCUCGACGACUAUAAUAGUAAUAAUAACUCCUGCCAGUUCGGAAACCAGCCGGGACGGCAAUACUUCGGCACUGCCACUACCGGCAUUCCUCACAAAGGGAGCGGCGACGACAGCGUCGUCCCGAUACAGGACCUCCGGGGAAAGUGUCUGGUUCCCGACCAAUACGAAGGCCCCAACAUUGGAUACGGUUUCACCGCUCCGGUUUCUCGGAACAUUUCAUUUUCGUCGAUGGAUGUCGGGAUAGUUCCGGAAGCAUCAUCGCCGGCUACAAAUGAGGCAUCGACCGCGGCCAUCUCCCAAGGAAGGGCACUGAAAGGGACGAUCGAUCUAUUCACGGGCUGCCAUGUCCAAAUGAUGAUGCCCUCAGGCCAGCUGAGCGCGGACGACAGGGAGGCUAGGGUUCUGAGGUACAGGGAGAAAAAGAAGACGAGGAAGUUCGAGAAGACAAUCAGGUACGCGUCGAGGAAGGCGUACGCGGAGGUCAGGCCGAGGAUCAAAGGGCGGUUCGCCAAGCGGGAAACCGACGGCGACGGCGGCGGAAUUGUAGGAAUGGUGGCUGAACCUGGAAUUGGGAUGUCUAAAUCUGCUGCUGCUGGUGGUGCUGGUGGUACCUAUGGCAUAGUUCCAUCACUCUUCUAAGUGAAGAAGAAGAUAGGAUAGAGAGACGAAAGAGAUGGAUGAAAUUUGUGUUUCUAUUUCAUAGUUUUGAGUGUGGAAAUGUGGGGAUUUCUUUCUUUGUAAUUUUGUUGUUUUUCUGUUUUCUGCAAAUGUUGUUAAUUCUGUUAUAUGACAAGCUAUGUUAGUUUUUUAAGGAUAGCUAGCUAGCUAGCUACCUAUGAAGAAGUUUGUAGUUAUUUAUGUUGAAACAACAUUCAACUAUAUAUUAUUACAGCA